AUGGAGUGUCAACCUGAGUCUUCUGGUGGUGACUCGGAGGGGAUUGAGGAUGUGAUGAAGUCGUUGACUAUGCACUCUCAUAAAGCUAGUUGCAGUGGCCUACGUGGUCGAAGUCCAGCCACCUCUCACCGUCCAUCAGCAUCUGGGUCUAAUACUCGUUCAGCAUCAGAAUCUCGCAAGCGGCCACAUGAUUUAGGAGCAGAGGUUACGAAGAAGCUAACUGAUGCCUCUGACUCACUUCUACUCCACAUGCAGGAUAAGUCGGAUUCCAAAGCCUCGAGCAAGCGGAUGAAGUUUGACUAUGCUAAGUUUUCAAAGGAGUUAAAGGCCCGUGAAGCUCACGCUGAGCAUGAACAUGAUGCACGCAGAUUCAUUGCUACUCAUAGUCAUGAACGUGCCAUGUCUGAGGACAAGACAAGGCAGCUGGAGUUAGAGAUCAGACUUGAAGAGGCCAAGUAUCGUCACUUGGCAAUGGAGCGUUUUGGUAGGGACGGUACUACUGAUGAUGACGCCAAUUGA